AUGAGCGCUCGCGAUCUUGUAGAGGGUGAAGCCAUGCUGGAUGAUGACGAAAAUGAGGAAGAGCAGGAGGAGGACUAUGAGGGAGAAGUCCGUGAGGGUGCUGGCACCGUGAAUCACUACAACGACUCGAGUGAGGAGGAAGAAGAGGAUGACGACGAUGAGGAGGCCGCUCGGGCAAUUCGCGAAGGCUUCAUCGUCGACGAAGAUGAAGAGAUCGAAGAGCGCGCCGAGCGCCGACGAGAGAAGAGGAAGAGGCGUCGGGAGGAACGCGAGCGCGAGGAUGAGCAUCUCGAUGAGGAAGAUUUGGAGCUCAUUGGGGAGCUGAAUCCUGCUCUUCAAUCUGCUGCCGCUGCAGAGUCAAAAUUCAAGCGUCUGAAGCGUGGUCACAAAGACCGUGACCACCGACAACCCUCCCAGGGCAUCGAUGACAUUUUCAACUCAGACGAGGAAGAGGAGGCGGCAGGCGAUUAUGGAAGACCGAGUCAUCGAAGGCCCUUGCGCGAUGAGAUGGAUGAUUUCAUCGAAGAAGAUGUCUUCACAGAUGACGAACUGGAGCGCGAAUGCGAAGAUCUGGAAAUCGCCCGUCCCGCCAAACGGGGCAUUACUGGGCUCGGAGCCACUGAGGCAGCUGGUUUGGACGAGAAUGCUCUCGAAGACAUGCGCGCGGCUUUUGGAGAUGGAAAUGAAUAUCUGUUCGCCCUGGAAAUGGAGGAGCAAGAACAAGAGCAGGAGGAGGAUGAAGAGAAGCACCUGGACCUCAAGGAUGUUUUCGAGCCCUCGCAGUUGGCGGAGAAGAUGUUGACCGAAGAGGACAAUCAGAUCCGCCUGCUGGACGAACCCGAGCGGCAUCAAAUCGCUCGCAAGCCGUAUCGGAACCUCGUUCUGACAGAGGAGCAGUUCCGCGAAGAGGCCGCUUGGAUAUCCAAUCUCAUGCUGCUGAAGAAGCGCAUCGAACCCGACCUGAGAGAGCCUUUCCAGCGGUCGGUAGCCAAAGUAUUGGAGUUCCUUGUGACCGACGACUGGGAAGUCCCUUUUAUUUUCCAGCACCGCAAGGAUUACAUGAUUCAUGCGACCAAAGUCCCCAUAGACGGCGCACCUGCGGAUGGGGAUACUUCUCAGUAUACAGUCAAGGCUGAGAAGCUGUUGAACAUGACGGACCUUUGGGACAUCUUCGAUCAUGACCUCAAGUUUAGGGCACUGGUCGAAAAGCGUAACACGAUCCAGAAGACAUACGACAAUAUGCAGAGUCUGUUCAACGUGAAUGAUAGUGUUGUGGAAGAGAUGCUUGCGGCCGCCGUGACCAUGGAGGAGCUCCAAGACGUGCAGGAUUACAUUCACUUUCAGUACUCCUCACAAUUGCGCGAUAUGACCUUGAUGAACGGAGAGGCCAACGGUGAGACUCAGCGCCGGAAGGCGACCGGAAAAUCCUUCUUUGAGCGUGUCCGCAAUGGCAAGGCAUACGGUCUCGUGCGCGCGUUUGGAAUCUCCGCCGAUGCUUUUGCACAGAAUGCCUUGAAGGAGGGUCGCCGUCAGUACACCGAGGACCCGGCAGACCGGCCAGAGGAGAUGGCGGAUGGUCACAUUGACAGUGACUUCUCCAACUCUUCGCAUGUGCUCAAAGCCGCGAAGGCCAUGUUCGCAGAAGAAAUCGUCAUGAGCCCCAAGAUGCGGAAGGUGAUUCGACAGGCAUACUAUAUGAACGGCACUGUCGAUUGCUUCCGGACCGAAAAGGGCCUGAAGAGGAUCGACGAGCAGCAUCCUUACUAUGAAUUCAAAUACCUGAGAAAUCAACAGCUCAGUGAUAUUGCCCGUCAGCCCGAGCUGUAUCUUCGGAUGCUCAAGGCCGAAGAGGAAGGUCUGGUUGAAGUUAAGGUUCGAUUCGAGAACUUCGAUCAUUUCCGACAGCGCCUCUAUCCCGACAUCGAAUCGGACAAUUACAGUGAAACCGCUGAUGCAUGGAACCGCACUCGUCGCGAAGUUCUGGACAUGGCCCUUGGCAAAUUGGAGCGGCUGAUCAAUCGCAGCGUCAAGGAGAAUAUCCGUCAAGAGUGUGAAAACCAUGUGGCGAAGGAGUGCCGUGAAGCAUUCGCCCAGCGCUUAGAUCAAGCCCCUUACAAGCCCAAGGGCAUGGUCCUGGGUACUGUUCCUCGUGUUCUGGCCAUGUCGACAGGGAACGGGAUUGUUGGACGGGAGCCAAUCCACUGGGCCUACAUCGAAGAGGACGGUCGUGUCUUGGAGAACGGCAAGUUUGUAGAUUUGUCCGUCGGCGACCGCGAUCGCGGCAUUGCUGAUGGCAAAGAUGUCGAUGCCUUGAUCGAGCUUUUAGAGCGUCGUCGGCCUGACGUUAUUGGUGUGUCCGGAAUGACUCCUGAAACUCGCAAGCUUUACAAGCUCUUGACCGAACUGGCGGAGAGGAAGGAUCUUCGGGGUGCAACUUAUACAGACGAGCGGGAUGAAGAGAUCAGCGAUCGCCUGGAAGUAGUGAUUGUCAACGACGAAGUGGCACGACUCUAUCAGCACAGCGAUCGGGCGAAGAAGGACCAUCCUGGCUUUGCCCCGUUGACACAUUACUGUGUUGCUUUGGCCAAGUACCUCCAGAGCCCUCUGAAGGAGUAUGCCUCGCUGGGUCGGGACAUUGUUUCGAUUCAGUUGAAGCGUGGCCAACAGCUGGUCGCCGAGGAGCUGCUCUUGAAGCAUUUGGAGACGGCGCUGGUGGACAUGGUCAACCUGGUAGGCGUUGAUAUCAACGAAGCGGUCACCGACACUGCAACUGCCAAUCUUCUCCCCUACGUUUGCGGCCUUGGUCCUCGUAAGGCGGCCCACUUGCUCAAGAUCGUCAACAUGAACGGCGGCGUGGUAAACAACCGGGUUGAGCUUCUCGGUGUGAACGCGCAGUAUCCGGCGAUGGGUGUGAAGGUCUGGAACAAUUGCGCCAGUUUCAUGUUCAUUGAUUUUGAGAACGCGGAUCCGGAUGCCGAUCCGUUGGACAACACCCGUGUGCACCCCGAAGACUACGAUAUUGCGCGCAAGAUGGCAGCCGACGCUCUGGAGUUGGAUGAGGAAGACAUCAAGGCGGAAACGGAUGAGAACGGACCAGGAGCUAUCGUGCGGAAGCUCUUCAGGGACGAAGCGCAGGACCGGGUCAAUGAUCUGAUUCUGGAGGAGUACGCGGAACAGCUCGAGAAGAACCUCAACCAGCGAAAACGUGCCACACUCGAGACGAUCCGGGCUGAACUCCAACAGCCGUACGAAGAGCUACGCAAGCAGUUUGCCUUGCUCAGCACUGAUGAUGUCUUCACCAUGCUUACGGGCGAGACAUCUGAGACGCUGGCGGAAGGCAUGGUGGUCCCUAUCUCGAUCAAGCGCAUCUCGGAUGACCACAUUGACGGCAAGCUGGAUUGCGGUAUUGAUGCGCUGGUGGCGGAAUCGGAACUCACCGAUCGCUACGACAUCCCCGUGCGCGCGCUGUACUCGAUGCACCAGACCCUCCCCGCGAAGGUGCUGUUCCUGAACAAGAAGAGCUUCCUGUGCAAUGUUUCGCUGCGAGAGGAGCAAGUCAGUCGACCCACGCCCAGGGCUCGUGAUCACAUGCGCGGUGAAUGGGAUGACCGACAGGAGCAGAAGGACAAGGAAAUGAUGCAGGAGAAGACGCAGAGCGGAGGACGGGUGAUGCGUGUCAUCAAGCAUCCUCUGUUCCGGCCGUUCAACUCCACCCAGGCGGAAGAGUUCCUGGGAUCCCAGAGCCGUGGUGAUGUGGUCAUUCGGCCUUCCUCCAAGGGACCAGACCAUCUGGCGGUAACGUGGAAGGUGGCCGAUGGCAUCUUCCAGCAUAUCGACGUUUUGGAAUUGGACAAAGAGAACGAGUUCUCCGUCGGCCGCACCUUGAAGGUUGGCGGUCGGUACACCUACAGCGAUCUGGACGACCUGAUCUUCAACCAUGUCAAGGCGAUGGCCAAGAAGGUGGACGAGAUGAUGCUACAUGAGAAAUACCAAGAAGGCAGCAAGGAUGCCACAUACUCAUGGUUGAAUACGUACACCAAGGCGAACCCGAGACGGUCCGCAUAUGCCUUCUGCAUCGACCCCAAGCAUGCCGGGUACUUCUCGCUGUGCUUCAAGGCCGGAGAGAAUGCUCAGUUGCAUAGCUGGCCUGUCAAGGUGAUCCCUCAGGGCUACGAACUGCAGCGCAACCCAUAUCCAGACAUGCGGGCGCUGUGUAAUGGGUUCAAGCUGCUGUUUACCAACAUGCAGGCUGGCAAGCGACGAUGA